CAAAUCGACUACAUGCAGUUUGCAUUCGACAGCCUGGUGACUUCUUCGAAAAUUACUUACUAUCAGAAUCGUGACCAGCAAGAACCAGAAAUGGACUGAAACAACCCCGCUUCCAAAACCUAACACUUUCGAUUCAAGCAUGGAGUACACCAACGAACAAGUUGAAGAGGCUUUACGAACCUGGAAGUUUGAAGGAAGUCUCUCGCAUCGACGAUGAAAUCAAACGACUUCAGCAUCUCCCUCAGGGAUGGAUGCUUGCCGACUACCUUCUCUCAAGUGAUAAUGUGAACAUUUUGCUUCAUGAAGGAGAGCAUCCCACUCACCAUGGAACCAGUGAACAACUCGAUGCAGCAACGUUACAAUCGGUUCUCAUGAAACUACUUCACUGGACGGUACAUCUCCAAAAAGCCGGUGAAGGACAACUUGUCCUCAAGAAAUUGGUCUUGACUUUGUGCACCUAUUGCGUUCGCUCGUCACAACAGUGGGAUCACCCCCUACUUCACCUAGCGACUUGUCUGCAACAUGGCGUCGCAGUGCCUCCUGAGCAUGUCCCGAGUGGCCCAGACGUAUUUCAGCAGCAGCAGCCCUCACUGGCAGAACCCCAGGUGGUCGUGCUGCUCUGGUUAUCAAGUAUGCUGGCCGUGGAUGCCGGGAAAUCCGACGACGCCAAGCUGGCCCCAUCUCGGAUCCAUGGGCAAAUGGAAGAAAUGGUAUACUCGGUCAACAUUAUGAUCAAAUAUGCUCUGUCACAGCCUCCGAGCCCAAAUUCUACCAGGGUUAAAAGCGAAGCCAUAUCGUGUUUCUUGAAUUGGGUCAAUUAUGCUCAGCCUCGUUGGUCAACGAAGAUUGAGGCUCUGAAUUCCCUCCGCGAUCUUAUCCCUGGCAUAGCCUCGCUCGUGGCCGAUGAAGAUCUCCGAGAUCAAGCUGCUGAUGUGUUUCGAGAUGUCCUUGAGAAUUACAGCUCGUUCUUUCAAACAUCACACAUGCAAAUCAUAUCGUCCAUCAUCACCGGACAAAUUCAGCCAGUACUGCUCCAGGGCCUCCGCGAUCAAGCCACAGAAGUCAUACCUCUAGCGCAGCUUGUCGUGGCAUAUGGCAACGCCAUUGUGCAAAGCUUGGUCAGUGAUCACGACAACGAGCAUUGCCGGAGUAUCCUACAGUUGGAAUUUGCCAUACUCGAGGCCCCCGGCUAUCCUGGAGACGACGAUGAGGUGUCGGUGCACAGCAUAGAAUUCUGGAACACCUAUAUCGAAUACGUCAACGACGAAGCAUAUGAAUUCACCCAAGACGGCACCGAGCCUUCAUGGCUGACAUACAGCAAAGUAGUCUGCUCACGUCUUAUCGAAGUCCUCUUGUCAAAGAUGUGCCCUCCGCCACCUCAGAUUGCGCAGAAAUGGACCAGUGCAGAGGAAGAUGGGUUUCGAGAAUUCAGGAUGGAUUCAUCCGAUCUCAUGCUUUCGGUAUGUCAGCAGCUGGGCAGUCAAAUCGCUCAGCUGUUUGCAUCAACAGCAUUGCAAGCUAUUUCGUCCAAAAAUUGGCGUGAGGCCGAGACUGCCUUGUACUGCUUGAACAAGCUCUCCGACGAUCUGAUGGAGCUAGAAGGCGCUGAUGCGCUACUGGCUCAGAUCUUUGGAUCGAGUUUAUUCCGCGAAGUUGCAGAUUUCAAUCAGCCGAUUCCCCAUCAAGCACGGAAAGCUACAAUUGACCUGCUCGGCUCGUAUGGCGAGUAUGUCCAACGUCAUGACGAGUACCUACCUGACGCACUUCGAUUUCUCUUCGCAUCGCUUGAAACAUCCGACUUCAGCAAUGCAGCCGCCAAGUCAAUAGGUGAGCUAUGCUCAACCUGUCGCAAGAGCUUAGUUGGCGAACUCGAUGGCUUUCUUGCCCACUACAACAACUUUGCGAGCAGUGCACAAAGCGAUUACUACAGCAACGAAAAGGUCAUCGGCGCGAUAGCUUCUAUCAUUGAAGCGUUGACACCUGAGGCGGCCAAAGCGCGACCAUUGUCUAUCUUGCUCGAUAUCGUUGAGGGCAUGAUCGCGAAUGUGAACACCUCCCUGACUAAAGGCGAUGACAUUGCGGGCCAUGACCUCGGCCUAGCGACGCUCAAGUGUCUAGCCAGCAGUGGCAAGGGACUCCAGGUUCCGGAUGAAAUAGCCAUUGACGUUGAUGCCGAGCAGGAUCAACAGACAGAAGCCUCCAACUUUUGGACAAGUCAGGGAGGGCAGAGCAUUCAGCUUCGCAUACUCAAUUGUUGCUAUACUAUCCUGAGGCUGCUGCCGAGCUCAGGCGAGAUCGUGGAGGCUUUUUGUCAAGUCUUGCGUACCGGAUUUCCUGAAACCAAACCCGGUCCGUUCGUCUUUCCACCAGAAGUCAUUGUGCAGUUCGUCGAGCAGACCAACAUCCAUACACCACAACUUGAAGCUGUGCUGUCCGUGACUUGUACUUUCAUCACACAGAUUCGAGCACGCCGGGGAGAGGACAAUAUCUCAAAUCUUGUGGGCAGAAUAUACAACAACCUCGUCACAUUCAUUCAGUCCCUCAACAAUGAUCCCAGCACCGAUCCAUCUCUUGCCCAGAGCAGCAUCGAAACCUUGAUUCGCAUGUUUGACGGAUUCACACCGAUCUUACUAGACAGCGGCUCAGCCACAGGAGACUCAUUGCGCAUCGUCCUCGAUUUCGUCCUACUCGCGCUCAACGGCACCGAACUCCUCUCCAAGCGCAGCGCGGCAGAUUUCUGGUCCAAAUUCAUCAAGCUCAGUCUUCCCGCCGCUGCCGCUGAAGAUAUCAUCGUCCGAGAGCGCGCCAGCCAAGCACUGGCUGCAUACGGGCCCAACCUUUCUCGAGCAAUAAUUCUGCAAAUCACUGGUUCUGCGAUGCGUUCGGAACUCGACCAGAUUUGUGCACCUCUCAGUGCUCUGCUCCAAACACAAACUCAAGCACGAGAGUGGCUCGAGGCGGCAUUAUUCGAUGAGAGUCUUUUAGCCGGACGACUCAGCGCGGAGGUCGGCGAUAAGGAGAAGAAACGAUUCUUAGAUGUUCUGUCGAAAACGCGCGGAGGUGGAAGGGAAAUGAAGGAUGUUGUCAAGUCGUUUUACGCGGCUUGUCGAGGAACGGUCCAGAGGUUCUAGUCCGUCGAUGGCUGGUUUUGAAUAUUGCUCCGCAGCGACAUCACUGCUUUCAAUCGAGAGUGCGGGCAACUUCUACUAGAGAUAUCAUUCGAGCACAGAUACUGGCGGGGCUUGCCCAAACAUGAAAGGGCAGCAGCUCUUCUAUUCAUCGGUAAAUUUGCUAGAUCUAUCCAAAGGACCCUUCGAGUGCUGGUGGUCCUCGCCUCCAAUGACGACGCAGAAUA